CGAUGUAUGGUCGCCCCUAUCUCGGGAGCUAAAGCACGUGGUCGCAGCCUUCGCACAUCCGAAUGACGCCUUCACCCUUAAACAGGUUGACCGCGACACAGCAGCAGCGCUCCAUGACUUUAAUAUCAUAGAGCUAGGUCGGGAGCCUGAGGCGUCGACCAUCAACGAUUGGAAUGCCCUGCCUGACCUCGCUUACCAGCCCUGGCCGGGGGAUUUGUUUGUGCUGCACUGGGGCCACCCAGAGCCCUGGCGCGCGCUCACUCUUCGCCAGCGGCGCCGGCUGCUGUGCCUGGCCGCGUCCUCGGGCCACGCUCCCAGCCUGGACGCGGCCCUGGAACACGCUGGCUGUGACAUGCCGUCUCGGGCGUUGACCUCGGCGGCAGCUGCUGGCAACCUGGCGGCGUGUGAGCGGCUGCUUGCAUUGGGGCACAAACACACAGGGUACUCGUAUGCGGCGCGGGCCGCCGCGCAGGAGGGGCACAUUGCUGUGCUGCAGCUGCUACUUGGAGCCGCGGCGUCGGUCGGGGCCACCAGGCAGGCAUGCCUGGAUGCCGCAACCAGGGGCGCGUGCGCUGGCGGUCGCCUCAGCCUCCUACACUGGCUGCAGGCGAACCACCCCACGACCGUCAGUGCGUUGGCUUGCGCCAACGAAGCGGCGGCGGCGGGCCAUGCAGAGUUGUUGGAGAGCCUGCUGCCGCUGCUGCACGCGAGCUGGGCGGACGCCGCAGGUCGGCAGGCGGAUAGCGGCAAGAAUAAAUUAAGGCUGCUUGGGUUUAUCACACGCGGCUGCCCCUUCGAGGUUCUGCGGCGUCACUUCGACAGCCUGUGGCCCUGGGGUCCCGCGCCGGUGCCGGUGCCGGUGCCGGCCGGCGCUGGCGCUGUCGCUGGCGGCGGCGCUGACCUGGCGGCGGUGGCGGCGGCAGUAGCUGGCGCAGGGGGUGCCGGUGAUGCAGCAGCAGCAGCAGCCGGGGAGCCGCCACGUAACUCUGAUCUGGCGCCCCUGUUCACCGCCGCCGCGGGCAGCGCCACGCCCUGCUGGGCCGCCAAGCUGGACUUCCUCUGCGGCGCCUUCCCACCGGGGACAGCGGCAAGGCUGCUGCGUGCCAACAGGUUCAACUUUGGCGAUGUGGCUCGCGCGCCCGAUUAUGUGGCGCGGCUGCGGCGCCUGUGGCACCUCGUCGACUCGCAGCCACAGGCCGCGGGGCAGGCGGCGGCGGCGGCGGGAGCUGCCGCCCGCCGGGACUUAAAAUGGUGUAUCACAAAGGCAAUGGUGUUGACCGCAGUUCGGUACGGGCACGCGGACGCCCUGCGGUACCUGUUGGACGAGUGCGGUGUGCCGCUCGACACUCAUGACACCUUUAUCAUGUAUAUGAACUUUGCGGAGGACGUGGGCAGCAGCGGACGCCUGGGCGCAACGGCCACCGGGGCCGCUGGGGCCAACGGGCAUCUGGCAGUGCUGCAGCUGCUGCGGAAUGAGGGGGUCGCCUUCAAAGCUAAGGACCUGGUGCGACAGGGCUGUUGGCACAGAGCCGCCGCCGCCGUGCGGAUGACCUGGCUGAUGGAGGUGGUGGUGGAUGCGCCAGGCGAUGGCGACGGCUGGUCGGCUGUAUUCGUAGCAGCAGCACGGGGUGGCGCUGGCCUGCCGCUGCUGCGCGCGCUGCGGGCUCGCGGCGCGGCAGUGGAUCUGGACGCGGUGGCGUGUGGCGGCAGCUUGGAGGCGCUGGAGUGGGCGGUGGAGGAGCUGGCGGCGGAGCGGGGAGAAGCAGCGCUGCAGGUGCCUGUCAGUCCCAGAUACGUCCGCACCAUCCGCAUCGCGGGCGACAACAGCACACUGGACUGGCUGCGGGGCAGGGGACUGCUGCCGCCCCUGCUCGUGCGCGUGCGGGAGCUCCAGCGCGAUGGCGGGAAGGGCGUCGGCGAUGCCGACGCUUGAUGGUGGUGGGGACGGUUUUGGCACUGGUGGACAUCUUCACGAAUAAUUAAGGAGUUGAGGCUACGGCUGUGAUUGGUUGUGGUGGUGGUGCGGCGCUGAGGUAGGUGAUUCAAUGGGGGCUGGCUGUAUUAUGCGUGCAUGUGUGUGCACGGUGCAAGGCUGUCUUGUUUUGAAGGCUGCAGUCGUGACAAGGUGUAUUGGUACAAGGGCCCGGGUGAACGAGGUGAGCUUGUGCUGGUGGUGGUGGUGGUGGGGGGCACGCUUCGUUCCAUGGGGCUGUAUGCUGUGUAUACUGUGUAUGCUGUGUGCAACGAAAGCCGGAACAGCAGCGGAGGGCUACGUUGUGUACGGCACGCGCGCGCGCGUGUGUGUGUGUGUGUGUGUGUGUAUAUGUGUGUGUGUGUAUAUGUGUGUGUGUGUAUAUGUGUGUGUGUGUACAUUCGAACGGCAUAGCAGGGUCCCGGGUUGCAUGCUACGUGGUGGCUCUCUCGCCGCGUGGGGGGCUCAGCCGGUGCAUGAGCAAACACAUGGGUGUGUGAUGGGACAGGGUUCAGGCAGGUUGGCGAGGUCCCAUAGGGUGCAGCUGACGCCCAUACCCCAAGCAGACAGCAAACAGUUUGCAGCGGCAGAGCAGGAGUGCAUGGGUCACAUGGAUCCAAGUCCAUGUGGCCCCACUAACUCCGUUGAGCCCGGAGCGUGCAUGUCCACAUCGGGAGACUCCGACCCGACUGCAUCCGGCUCUUGCGUGUGUGUGCAAUCCCAUGCGCUGGGCGGCGCGGAGAUGGGGCGGCGCGGAUGCAGCGAGGGCGGCGUGUCGCUACAGGUUGUGAUGUAAUGCGGUGGGCUGUGGGCUGCUUUGUUUCUGAGAACUAUCACAGAACAAAACAUAAUGCACAAAAG